AUGGAUAACACUUCCACGGCUGCUCUUGACAUGUCCUUCAAGUCCUCUUUGAAUUCCCUCAGCACCAUAGAGGUGGCUUACCAAGCUGCAAUGGCUAUGUAUCCACCCAUGGGUCCCUCUGACGUUAUCUCCAAGACUUCAACGCCUGCCCUUCCAAUGGCUGCCGGUUUCCCUAGUCCUAUUAGUCCCCCGGUGAACCACCAUCAGUCUUCUCUAUUGAGAAAAGAGAAUCCAUGCGUUGAACUUGUCGAUCGUCAUCUUUGGAGAAGCUUUCAUGCCUACGAGACAGAAAUGGUCAUCACAAAGAGUGGACGGCGAAUGUUUCCAGCAUUCAAAGUGAAGGUUUCAGGCCUGGAGAAGCAGACCAAAUACGUAAUGAUGCUCGAGAUUGUGGCAGCCGACGAUUGUCGCUACAAAUUUCACAAUAAUCAAUGGAUGGUGGCUGGCAAAGCCGAUCCUGAAAUGCCCAAACGCAUGUAUAUUCACCCCGACAGUCCAGCUACUGGUGAACAGUGGAUGCAGAAAAUCAUUUCCUUCCACAAACUCAAGCUUACAAACAAUAUCUCCGAUAAGCAUGGCUUUACCAUUCUCAACUCGAUGCACAAAUACAAACCCCGAUUUCAUUUGAUCAAGGCGAAGGAUGUCAAUCGCUUCCCCUAUUCUUCUUUUCGUACUUUCACAUUUCCCGAGACAGUUUUCAUUGCAGUAACGGCCUACCAAAACGAGAAGAUAACACAACUUAAAAUUGAUCACAAUCCAUUUGCAAAAGGAUUUCGAGAUACCGGUGGUGGUAGGCGAGAGAAGAAACGACAGAUUGGAAAGAACCGUCGGCAUAGUCCAACAUGUGGUUUCUACCGGAGUGGAACGAAUAGCAUCAACACAGAUAAGAUGGGCAGCUGCUCUGAUUCUGAUGCAGACGACUUAGGAAGAUUUCUUAAAACAGACCCCCGAUCUCCAAACACAACCCCUCACACAACUCUCCAAUAUGAUUAUCGUGGGAAUCUUCAACCAACAAAGCUCUUAACUCAAGAGCCCCAUUUGUUAAAGAACCGUGCAAGACUGGAAGCUAAUAGCUCUUCAUUACCGAAUGUGUCCUCUCAGUGGCCGUCUUCAGGCAUUCCAGUUGACGAUGUUAACGGCCUAUUUAGAAGUAUUUAUCCUUGGCUUGACAAGUCCUGCAACAGAGCGUACAUUCCGGUCCCACCACCUCACGUCAUAAUUUCCUCCCUUUCUGGUAAUAAACCUUGGACAGAUUUGAAGAAGGGGAAUAUGCAAACAGAGGAUUCGCAAUCUGGAGAUGAAAAGCCCACUCUGCUAAAAUCUGAAACCAACAAAAUGUUUUUGGAUAAUAAAUAUGAAAACAUUUGUAUAUGUGCCCGGGAAAGAUAUGAAAAGGUUUCCUUGGAGAAUAUAGCUAUUGACAACAUUAAUAAUAUCAUUACUAAACUCGCUUCGAAGUCCCAUUCUGAUGUUGAAUAA